AUGGCAGAAAAUAUUCGUAAUUCCAGAAUUCAGAAAGUUAAAUUCGGUGAUGAGAUUGCUGAGAUACAAACUGUCCUGGUUGAUGGUAUCGAGUGCCUGCUUCUGGAAGAUGUCCAAGAAGAGUUUCCGUCCGUGAGUAGAUUCAGAAUCGGCAAUGUACAGCAGUCAUUCAUCCGUGAUGGAAAUGGCAAUAAACUAGAGCCGUUGCGCAUUAAAGCGUGCGUUGACCAAAUUGUUGAAACUAUGAAACCGAAACGUGCUGUACAACGUAGUAACCAAGUUGCUGAAGUCUUGGAGGCUAAGGGAGAAUCAGACGAAGCUUUAUAUGAUCUCGUCAAAGAUAUCAAAAUGGAUGUGCGACAAGUGCAACAAACUAGUGAUCUUAUUCUCAAUAAUACACAAGAAAUGCUUAUCCAGAUUAAUCGGGUGAUGACACAAAUGUAUGAGUUACACGAAUAUACUACACCUCGUUACUUUUUCAUUUUACCAGAAAAGCACUCCGCAGUGGCAUUGAUAAAUAAUAUACAAAACUGGUUCCAUUUACAUUACAAGCUCUUUUUCCUAUGUGAAUGUUCUGAUGAUCCAAAUAAAAUGCACAUUGCUCCACAUGAUGGUUACUCAAUUAAAAAGACAAGAGACUUUAUCAUGACAUAUGGGCCAUAUCUACGAACAACUUUAAAUAUUGUUAAAUUCCUGCUCACAGCAGGAGGUGUUGUGAUUCCACAACUAGGAAAUGUGUCAACAGUAGUUGCCACUGUGAUACCAUCACAAUUACAAAGUUCUGGAUCAUAUGAAACUAUGCAACAGCAAUUACAAUUAGUGAACAAAUUACUUGAUAAAUUCGACAAUCAAGAAAGCCGAACAGGUUUUUCAGUGCUUCGACACAAGAAAUCUCAAGUAGCUCCACUUCAAGGUGCCGAACUACGAGAACUUGACACAUACUUGGAACUUAUUGAUAAUAAACGUAGUCUGGGUAACUUAUACCGCAUAGUUACUGCUGAUGGUCAUGUCCGAUGGGUAUGCCUGGAACACUACGAUGAAAUAAGUUAUAAUAAGAAAAUGGGUAAAUAUAUUGAUGAAUUUGAGGCUAUGGGAGGUAAAUUUGAUGAGAAGACAAAAGAGGCAAUUGUAAUCGGAGCAAAAAUAAGCGAGAAAAACAUCAGAAUGUUGUGCGAUGCACUCAUAAAUGGUUUUAACAUACAAAAAUUGAUGUUUCAGCAGUGUUCAUUGUUCGAAAGUGAUCUUGGAGCGUUACUUGCUGUGGUUCUCAACCGUUCUUCAAUUCACAAUUUAAUAAUAGCCACUGUUGAAGUUCGCCGUCUUUUUUCAAAAAACUAUGUUUGCAAACGCAUGACAGCGGAAUUACGCAAUCGAUCUUUCAAAGUUCGUUUCUACGACAGUUAUCAGGACGGAAAUGAAUUGAUGCUUGCACAACUGUUGCAGCAGAACAAAAUACAUCAGACAUUGGAUUUGUCUGCAUGUGACUUUUUAUGGCACGAGCAGAAUCUCCAACAGUGCCUUAAUGAUAGCGAAAACAUAACAGGACUAAUUGUGGAAUAUUCCAACAAUACUAAUGUCCUCAAUACUAUAUUUACUUUGAAAAAAAGUGCAUUACAUCAAUUAAAACUGACUAAUUCGCUGCGCGAAGCCCCGACUUUAUAUCAUUUUUGUGAAAUGUUGAAGAAAAACAAAACACUUGUCGAUAUUGACUUACUGGAUCAGACAGAUUUUGAAGAUGAAGCUUUGAUUGUUAAUCUCCUGGCUGCCGUGAGAAGUCACAAGUCAAUCAAAAAUCUCAAUUUGCACAUUCAAGGUAUACGACCAUCAAAUCAAAAGGAAAUUCACUUGAUAAAAUCAUUGAAAGAAGAUAAAUUUAUUUCACAUCUCUGUAUAUCUACAUCAGAUGUCUCACGUGAACUCACAGAAGCAUUCAUUUACGCUUCGAAAGAGCAUAAGAAAUUGGUUCAUCUCGAGUUUUAUAAUUGUCAAAUGAUGAAAGAUGAUAAGGAAAAGCUGCAAUCGUUACAAAAUGAUGCAAGUUUGAUUCAUCUGACCUUUUCUAAACUACCACGUUGUUGUGUGACAGCAGAGGAAGCAAACAGCCGCUCAAAUAAAGUCAUUCCUGAGAUUCCUGUCAAUGCACGAUGGGCACAGAAUGGUGUCACUGUUGCUGGUGGUCACGGGUAUGGCAGUGCUACCAAUCAACUCAAAGGGCCUUAUGGUCUCUUUAUUGAUGAUGAUCAAACAAUAGUCAUCGCUGACUACUCCAAUCAUCGUAUCGUCCAAUGGAAGAUGGGUGAUACGAAUGGACAAAUCGUAGCUGGUCAUAUUGGCUUUGGAAAACGAUUGGAUCAACUAGAUUGGCCAACUGAUGUGUUGAUCGACAAAGAGACUGAUAGUCUCAUUAUCAACGAUCGAGGUAACAAUAGAGUCUUGCAAUGGUCUCGUCGUAGUGGCAUCAAACCAAGUGAAAUCCUUAUCGACAAAGAGACUCGUAGUCUCAUUGUCAACCAUCAAGGAAACGAUAGAGUCUUCAAAUGGGCUCGUCGUAGUGACAUGGAACCAGGUAAAAUCCUCAUCGACAACGUCGCCUGUUAUGGAUUGGCCAUGGAUGAUCAGAAAUGUCUCUACGUCUCUGACACCGGAAAAGAUGAAGUCAGACGAUAUCAAAUAGGAGACAAGAAGGGAACUGUCGUAGCUGGUGGCAAUGGGCAAGGUGCUGGUCUUAAUCAACUCAGCCAUCCGACUUACAUCUUUGUCGGUCGACAGCAGACUGUCUACGUGUCAGACACCAACAAUCAUCGUGUGAUGAAAUGGAAUAAAGGUGCAACAGAAGGCGUUGUCGUCGCUGGAGGUCAAGGUCAAGGAAAUGCUCUGACACAAUUGUCAAGUCCUCAUGGACUGUUCGUUGACACGUUGAGUACCCUCUAUGUAGCAGACUCGGGCAAUCAGCGAGUGAUGCAUUGGCCUAAAGGAUCGAAACAAGGCACUGUCAUUGUGGGUGGAAAGGAUCAAGGUCAAGAACCAAAUCAGUUUCACUAUCCCCGAGGUUUGUCCUUCGAUCACCAAGGCAAUCUCUAUGCCGCCGAUGAGAAUAAUUGUCGUGUUCAACGUUUUUCUAUUCAAUAA